AUGGCAACAGAUGAAGCGACGCCACUGCUCCCGGGCCGUAAAGCCUCGACUUUGGCCGGUCAGAAAGGCUUUGGGGCGUCGGUCAGAGGCAUCUUCACCAAUGUCGAGAACCGCAUCCUGGCGGCCGGGUUUCUGAUAUGCGUCGCCUUUAGUUACACGCAAGUUCCGCUCAUGUAUGUGUUCCAUCUCAUGGUAUGCGACGAGUAUUACGACCAUCAUCCGCCCUUUGAAGGCCCCGGUCAGCGAUGCAGUCGUGACGAAAUCGCUGCUGGGACCGCGGCGCAGUUUAGUAUUCUAGGAAUGAGCACAACACUAUGCGGAACUCUCAAUCUAUUUCUCGCGGGAUGGACAGUCAAGAAGAUUGGCCCUCGCGCUGCUCUCAUGAUUCAGACCUUUGUGCCUGCGAUUCGAGUCCUUGCACAGAUCCUGGGAGUCGUCGCGGGCAAACGCACCGGCAUGCUGAUUAUCCAAAGCACUCAGCUCUUCACCAUCGUUGGCGGGCCCGCGGGAUACAUUCUCGUCACCAACAUCAUCGCCAGCGAGCUCGUUGAGCCAUCUCGGCGUACAGUUGUCUUUGGCAAACUGCAGGGAAGCAUCAUGCUUGGGCAAAGCAUCGGAUACCUGGCUGGUGGAAUGAUUGGAGAUGCAAUCGAUAUUCGCGCCCCCUUCGAUUUUGCCUGCAUCACGUUUCUCAUUGCCUGCGUGUACGUCCGCUUCGGCCUCCCGUACAUCUCUCCCGAGUCUAUGAGCAACAAGAAACCGGGCCGGCAAGGCAUUGCAGGCUUCUUCGCGCCGCUCAAGAUUCUCGUGCCGCAGCGCAUGCGCUCAGCCAACGGCAGUAUCAAGAAGCACUACGGCGUUGUGAUUCUCUGUGCCGGUAUAUUCCUUGGAGUUCUUGCGACGGAUUAUGCACCUCUGUUGAUCCAGAUGUACGCCACCGCAGCCUUUGACUUUGACCAGGCCGACAACGGCUGGCUCAUGUCUGAAUUUGCCUUUAUGAGAAGCAUUUUUCUCAUACUGCUCUUCCCGCGCAUCAUCAACUUCGGCCGCCACCUGAUGAAGCGUACUUCAAGCCCGGCACCAGAAGACUCUGACGAUUCGUCCAUAUCCACGGCUGAUACCCAAAUACCCACCGAGCCUGGCGACUUCGAUGCAGCUACUGGCGAGCAGACCGACGUUGAGCCAAGUAAACCACUAUCCUCGACGCAUCACCGCGAAGUUGGACGGUUUGAUCUCAUUUUCCUUCGAUGGAGUCUCGUAGUUGACGGGGCACUCACUACCGUGGCCGCAUUUGCUACAAAGAGGUGGCACAUCUAUCUCGCUGCAUUCCUCCUACCUUUUGGAUCCGGCUCUGCGCCAGCCGCCAAAGGCGUCAUCACAGACAUGUGUUCAGAGUCGCAGCGCGCGGAUGCCCUAAACGCCGUGACCCUUGUAGAGAACAUUGCCCGAUUGUCCACACAGGGGCUAUUUGGGUUUGUAUUUUCGAGUCUUGCAGGCGUGGGCAAGGCAUAUAUAACGUUUUUCUGCAACGCGGCAAUCGCAGUAAUUGGAAUGGCAGUCUUGCUGUUCUCCCGUUUCCCACCUACAGGCAGUACACUAGUUGACGAUGACGCUGAAGAAAUAGGAGAAGAUCAAGAUUAA